AUGGCCUUUGGAGCUAUGGCGGCAAGGAUGUUGCAGAGGCGAUUCAUCUCAAUUUUCUCAAGACAAACCCAUCACCCCAUUAUUCAAGAAUCUUCUUGGUAUUCUCCUACCAGUGCAAUAUUAAAUAGAUUAGGACUCCAUCAAAGGGGGGUCGCAACACAUACAAAUCAAAUCAAAUCGGUUGGUGAAGAUGUAGAGAAUAGUGAAGUUGACAACUUAAAACCGAAUUCAAACCCAGAUGAUGUUGCUACAUCCAUUAGUGUUAAUGAGAACUCUCGUGUACAGUUUUCUGCCAAGUCCAGUUUGAAGACAUCCUCAAGGCAUGAUCUCGCCAUGAUUUUCACCUGCAAGGUCUGUGAAACGAGAUCCAUUAAGACGGUUUGUCGCGAGUCAUAUGAGAAAGGUGUAGUGGUCGCGAGAUGUGGGGGGUGUAAUAAUCUUCACCUGAUUGCAGAUCACCUUGGGUGGUUUGGUGAACCAGGAAGCGUUGAGGACUUCCUGGCUACUCGUGGAGAAGAGGUGAAAAGAGGUUCAAUUGACACACUGAAUCUUACGUUGGAAGAUUUAGCUGGAAGAAAACCUUGA